AUGCCAAGAGAUAAAGAAUUUGAAAAGGCUCUCCAAGAAGCCGAAGACCCUAAAAAUAUCGGAAAGGGCUCUUGGGCUUUGCCCCGCAAUGCCACCCCCGCCGAAAAAACUAAAUACGAACUCUGUGAAAAGAUUUUAGGUUAUCAAGAAGACCAUAAUUUAAGUGAUGAGACUAUGGCUCGUAAAAUCCAUUUAACUAUUGCCGAAACCGAGGACAUUCUUUUUUGUCGGAUUAGUAAAUUUACUUUGGACUACUUAAUGAAUGUAGCGAGUAAAUUAUUUGCUCCAGCCGAAAUAAAGGUGAUUGUGGGGAACGAAAAAGAUAGUUUACAUGCCCGCACUGUUUAG